CGCGUCUUGUGAAAGGUGGGUCAACUUCUAAUAAAUAAAUUGAACCCAAACUGAUAUUCGCUGGGGAUUCCUAUAGGAGAACUAUUGUACGAGUCAAAAAAAAAACUAAAUCGUAAAUAUGGUCGAAUGGACGGCAGAUGAGCGCCAUGCUCUAGCAAGCCUGUGGGGAAAAAUCGACACUGAUGAGACGGGAACCCAAGCCAUGGCCAGGCUUCUGAUCGUGUUUCCAUGGACUCGGAGGUAUUUCAGCAGCCUCGGGAACCUGGUCGACUCAGCUGCCAUCUUGGAUAACCCCGAAGUGGUUAUGUAUGGGAUAACGCUGAUGCGGGUACUAGGCAUGGCUGUGCAGAACCCAGAUAACAUGAAGAACACCUUAACUGCACUCAGUGUGCUCCUCUCCGGGAAACUGCAUGUGGAUCCUGACAACUUCAAGCUCUUGGCCGAGUGCAUCACCGUGUGCAUUGCAGCAAAGCUGGGCCCCAGGGUUUUCGAUGCUUAUACCCACGAAGCCUUCUACAAGUUUAUGUGUGUAGUUGUGUCCGCUUUUAAAAAACAGUACCACUAGAGCAUUACUAUAUUACAGAGAUGUUCAACAGCAGUUGUCUUUCAAUGUCAAUAAAAACCCAUUAA